CACGAAAGCUGGUCAAUACUUCACUCCAAGUAUGGCUCCUUUUUCCUCAUGGCAGAAAGAUCCACAACUCUCGAUCAAGGUAGAAAUACUACUUUCAAAUGAAGCCGAGAGAAAGGAAUUUUAUGCUGUUUUGGAGUCUUAUAGUGACAAACGAGCUACAAUUGAAGAGUUGGUUGCUCACCUUCGUCAUGUUGUUAAUUUACCCGAACGACUUACUUUGUUUGAUGAUAUUCGGCCACACAUUCGUAAUGAACACCAGAUGGAGUACAAUGUUCUCACUCCAUAUGUACAUACGCGAAUGAGAACGCUUCAGUUGAAACGAAGAGGACACAUACCACUUGGCUUUGCAAUCAGGGGUGGUUGUGAGUAUGGAACAGGUGUUUUUGUCUCGGAGGUCGACUCAGGAUCUGAGGGGGAACGUAAAGGAUUACGGGUUGGAGACCAAAUCAUGGGAAUUAACGGUUACAACAUCGAUCAGGCUAUUCAUGAAGAAGUUCUUACACUACUCCGGGCCAAGAGCAAUGUUAUCCUUAAGAUAAAAACUAUUACAGAUGGUUGUGUGAAAGAUUAUUCUCCCUCAUUGCUGACAAAUAUAGGACAUAUGGAUUCCAGAAGGUCUAAUGCUCAUCUAAGAUCCCACCUGCGGCACAGCAAAUCUGCUCCUCUCUUUGAUGAAACCACACAUUUUGAAACCACAAUAGCUAAUACAAAUAGCUGGUCUCCAUCUUCUAUUCAAGAGGACAUUACGGACAAAGAAGCCCAGUUGCCAUCAAAAACAGAAACAGAUAAAUUCUUCUCACGUUCAAAGUCUGUACUUGUGGAGAGUGUUAAUGCUUCAGCUGAACCUUGUUCCAGUAGCAAUUUCAUGUUUUCUAGUAAAGAAAAAGAAACCAUUUAUACUGUUGAUGGGAUAUCAUCUCAAACAGAACAUGGGAAGAACCAACACACAGAACUGCUUACAGUUCCAUCUACAAGCCAAACAGAACUGAUUUCAACUCCAUCAACAAGUCAAACAGAACCACUUGCAACUCCUACAACUCAAAUGGAACUGCUUGAAGUUCACAUGAUGGUAAAGGAUACUUUUGCAACUGGUAAAGCUGUUGAUUAUACUUCCAGUCUAAAGCCUGAUGAACAUGUUUUGAAAGAUAAGGUUGAUAAAAAAUUCUCCAUCUCAUCAACUGGAGCAAGUAGUGUUCAGUGGAGAGGAGAUGUAGAAGUAUUCGAAGAAACAGAAGUUUUUGAAGAUGAAGGUGUGGGUGAACAGCUACAAACUUAUUCCAAACAAGAAGCAUCUCAGUUAGAGCAGAAUCAAAGACAGUUCUAUGAAAAAAACAAACAACUUUUUGUAGAAGAAGACAGGAAACAGUUAGAAGAAAACAAAGCCCUGGAAAGGCAUAGGAAAAUUGGCCACAUUUCAAUAGAAGGUUUAUCAUUAGGGAAAGGCAGACUAGAAAAAAAGGAAUAUUUAAGAUUCAGGAAAGAUGGUAGUGAAGACUUCAGAAAUGAUGAGAACAGUACUCAACAAACUGAUCAGUGUUUUUCACCAAAAAUGUAUUCUGAGGAUAGUCAAAAGAUCUCUCUCAUUUCCCGAAAGCCCAUGGCAACUGGAGGUGAUAUAGAUUCCAUUUACUUUGAGACAAACCAAAGAAAAUUGUCUUCACUCACUAUUCAAAGAAAAAUCUCUGGUCAGGUUACAGAGGAUGAUCAACCAAUCACUGAUAGUCGUGUCCCACAACUGAAAAUUCCCCAAACUUACUUUGAUGAACAUGUGCGCAAACCAUUUGUUCCAGUAGAUUCAGUUCGUCAACAUAACCGAUUUCUUUCCCAAGAUUUGAGUGAAAAACCAGAAGAACCAGCUCCCUUGUCAGAAAUUCAAAACUCCUCAGCUGCAGGGAGUAUAACACCAUCAACAUCAGAUAAAGAACCUAAAUUGUUAAAUAAUUCUGAACUUUCAACCCCAAGCAAUGAACUUAAAAGCUUUAAUGAUGUUAAUGUAUCAGGUUGCACAGAUCAGACACUAUUAUCAGUGCCAACUAUAAACAGGAGGAAUAGUAGUGAAAGUAUGAAAGCAACAAAUGAAUGCAACUCAAACCAACUACCUGAUAAUUCACCAUUGCUAGCACAGCUCAGCUCAGUUAAGAAAAAGAAAUCAAGUACUGAAAUAUUAUCAAUUCAACAAGAAUCACUUUCUCCCAAAACAAGUGAAAAAAACCUUAAACAACUACCAUCGACAUUAUCUGUUUUAAUGCCUUCAUCAUUAACUUAUUCACCAGCUUCUCAGUCCGCUCUACCUUCCUUUUUACAGGUCCCAACAGUACCAACAUCAGUUUUAGAACAUUCUACAGUUUCAGUGUCCAAUAAUCAGUCGGAAACUCAUUCCUCGUCAUAUGUUCUUCAAGCAUUAUCAAAAGAUGUGCCUAACUCAGCACCAAAAAAUCAACUGGACAAAUGGUUGCAAACUAGAAAGCUUAAUUCAACUUUACAAAAAAUGCCAACAUCAGUUUCUGUAACUUCCUCACUUGCUAGAAACUUGAAAUCACCAUCCCUAUUGCCACUUGAACAGCUCAUACUUUAUUUUAAUAAUCCAGUUUCUAAACCUCUGUCAUCCAUUGUUAGCCCUGCAAAAGCUCCAUCACCUAAAUUAAAUCAUGAUUCAAGUCCAAAUUCAGAUACAACUAGAAGCCAACCAAAGGAAAUCUUUUAUAUAGAUAUAUCAAGAAACAGAGUCUACAACCCAAAAAGUCACCAUUCUACGUGGUCACCAUCUGCUAAGAUUACUUCUAUUAAUAGUGAAAAGAUAUUUGAGAAAUCAUGGAGUCAUCGAAGGCCAGAGGAAAUGCCACUGGUUAAAGAAAAAGUAAACCUCAAAGAGUUGUUUAGUGAAGAAGAAACUGAGGGCAGGGAAAUCAAAAUGCUAGUUGUGAGAAAGAAAGGUCCAAUAAAUAUAUCUCUCAAGAAGGGUGAUGAGCCCCACGUCAAAGAUCGAAUACUAGUGUCAGAAAUAUGGCCAGGAGAUGGUAUUCCACUCAAAGGAGAACUUCAGGAAGGCGAUGAGAUCCUGAUGAUUGAGAACACUCGGCUUAAGAAUAAGUCUUUAACCAUUGCUAAUGCAGCUUUAAGAGAUGCUGUGUCUAAUUCUGAUGAAUAUUUUCAAAUCAUAUUUACAAAACGAGCAUAGUUAGGAACUUAAUGUUUUAACGAAUGGAACAUCUUAAAGCAGAACUGAAGUGACCUGUAUGAAUUUUUACAAAACUGUAGGUGACUAUAGAAUGAAAUACUUGGUUUCGAACUAUAGCUUUAUUGGACUGUUUGUAGUAUUAUUGUAUUCAUUACAUUCUACUGCUUAAAAUGAAUGCAGACUUUUCAUAUUGAUGUUGAUUACACUUCAAAUUAGAUUUUAAGUAAUGAUGACAAAGGUGGAUGUGAUUGUGAAUCCACUACAUUUCAGAUAUUUCUUAUUUCUCAUGUUUAAGAUACAGUGUUGUGUAACUGAUAUUUGUGAUGUAGUAAUAAUAGUACUAAUGCUUCUAAUAAAUCAUUUGGAAGUUUUUGUUGAAUGCUAGUUGUUCUUUAAUUAUAGAAGAAUGCCAUUUCUAUAUUCCCAGAGAAGUUUUCAACUCCCAAAAUUUUUGAUUAUGCUUGUCCUAAAAAUCUUUCAUUUUAGAAGCUGUACUCAUAAAUUUAGAAUACUGUAUUAUGGUGUAGUGGUGUUGAUCCUCAUGGAAGUUUAAUAUUUCUACAGUUUGAAUAUUGAUAUACCUAACCUGUACUUUUCUGAAAAUAUCUCAGGAUUAUUUAAUUAUGACCAAAUGAAUAUAAAAAUGAAACAAAUAAGAUAACAUUUUUAAUUUACUUUGCGUUUGUUAAUUCUAUAACUCUUAAGCCAUGGCUUUGUGUAUAAAGUUGUAGAAGUCCUACAUACUCUUAUGAGAGAGUAGGUUUCUACUUACGAGUAAAAUGUAAACUGUGACAUUUACAGAAUGAUUAGUUAGUAUCCCAACUACUAUUAUUAUCACUAUACAAAAAAAAGUACCAGAGUACUUAGAGUAAUUCCAGAAACAUUUAGGUAAAAAUUAUAAGUCUUAAAAAUGUGUUAAUUAAAAUUUGGUGUAACUGAUACCUGUGGUUAAUAAGCUUGUAAAAGAUACUUUAGUAAUUUCCACAAUUACUAGUGUUUAUAAUGACAAAAGAAGAAUUACAGAAAUUUACUGGUAUCAGUAGUUAAUAUAAGAAAAGUAUAGUAACUUUAUAUAAUCACAUUUACUACUAUCAGUAACUGCCAGAGCACUCAGUUCCAUUUUUAAAUCCUAAUGUACUGUUUUCAUUUCAUGAUUAAGAAAAUGUGCCUUAUAAUUUGUUUAUAUCUAUCUGCAAAUGUUAGUGUAUGAAUAAAUAAAUAAAAUAGACAUCUAUGCACAACUA